CAAAAUUCAAGAUAAUAGAGUAUCAAAAUUCAAGAACAUGCCCAGAAUAAAAUAAAAGAGACUAGUGUGUUUGUAUUACAUGUGAUGGCUGAAGGAAUGCUUUUGUUUUUUCCUUUGCUCUUUUGUGCAAGACUUUUUAUGUGAGAAUUUUGAAAAGCAAAGGAAAUAAUAUACUACUAACAUAUAUAUAGUAAUAUGUACUAGAGUAAUACUUUUCCAGAUGGGAGAAACAUCAUCAAACAAAGAGCCAACACUCAGCAGAUAUAUGGAUCCAUCUCUGUGAAGUCAUUCAUUACCCAAAGCAAAAGGUUUCACUAGCUUAUCUCUUCUUCUUCUUCUUCUUUUUUCGUUAUAACAUUCUUGAAUGAAUUUAGGAGUUUGCAAAUAAGGGGUUUAUAAAAACAUAUUUGUUUGAUGUUUAUGUUUUUUCAUGGAACUUUCUAUUUCAAACAUCAGAUUCAUGUUUUUGUAUUGUUAUUAGACUUGAGACCAAAAAGCAGGUCAAGGAUUGUUUGGCUUAACCAAAUCAAGAUAAAGGGGGAACAAAGACGAUGAUAGCUUGGUUGGAUCUUGUUAUUUCCCCCCAAAUUAUCAUAAAGUUGGAUGUGAAAUUCUACUGUUUUGUGCAAAAGGGCUUGGUUUCUUGUAAGGGUAAGAAGAUAUAGGGUAUGGGAUUUAGCUCCUUUGCUACUUUGUAGGGAAACGAAUAUGAGAGUUGUUGAGGAGCUAAAAAAACAAUUUUAUGCAGACCAGGGCCUGGUUUUUCUAUCUAGUCAAUUUUGGGUGCCUAUCAGUAUUGAUGAGUAUUUGGUAACUCCAGUCUAGAGAGCUAUAGUGUAUUACAGUAGCAUAGAGGUUUUCCGUAUAUUUGGUGUAAAGCUUCUUGAGCACCGGCUUUGAAGAGGAUGCUAAGUUUCUCGAAGAAAGGUUGUCCUGGAAAAGAAAGUCAAUCUUUUACUCCUCUGUUCGUGAGUUGCUCAUCUAUGUGGAACUCCAGUGAGAAAUCUGCAUUGAAACAUCACUCUGAUAUUAAGAAAUCAGAAUCCCAGUUCCAAGAUCUGGAUUCAACUUCUACUCUGUCAACGGGUCAAUCGAAUCAUGUGGAGGCCGCCAUGGGAAAAAGCAACACCGUUCUGCAAAAUGUUGCAGCUCAUCCAGGUUGGGGUGGAAUUUAUGAUUUGCAAGAAGAGACUGGAACAAAUGCAUCCCUAUCAGGUGAAAGUGAUACGAACACUCUUCCUCAGCUGCAAGUGCAUCAUAAUCAUCCAGCGGCUUGCGUAUCCUACCCCUGGGCUGACUCUUACUUUGGAAGGCUCAUAUCUACUUAUGAAUCAAAUGCCAUCAAUUAUCCUCAGAGGGCGGGUGUCACCUCUACAAGAGUUGCACUUCCUCUUGACUGCACAGAGAGCUUGCCUAUUUAUGUGAAUGCGAAACAAUACAAUGCUAUCCUUAAAAGGCGACAGGUUCGUGCCAAGCUAGAGGCUCAAAAUAAGCUUGUCAAAGACAGAAAGCCAUAUCUUCACGAUUCUCGACAUCGUCACGCCAUGGAGAGAGCUAGGGGUUCUGGAGGGCGUUUUUUGAACACAAAGAAUAUGCAGCAAUCCAACCCUUCAUCUCCAAAGCAUGACAAAAAUAUCUUUAAGCAACAGGCAGGUGCUAUGGUUCAACACUCUGAGAGUGGUAGUUGGGGGACUUCCACCCAAUCUGGUUCUGAUGUGACAAGCAUCUUCAAUGAUGAUGACAUGUUCCGGCAGCCAGAGUUCAGAGUCUCUGGCUUCCCUUUUCACAUGCAGGAAGCUGAAGACUUCAUGCAUGUUGGAACCUGACAGCACGCUUGUAUUUUUUAUGGUGGUGGUGCCAACACAGGUUGUAUUAGAAAUGCAUUCUUAUUGGUGCACACAAAUGAAUAAGCGGCAGUUCAUCCUUGGCUAUGUUACUCUUCCUUUUCCAGAAUUCACUUUUUCCUAAGCUUUGGUCAUGGUUUGAUAUAUGGUUGAUGGUUAAUGAGAAAAAGAGCACAAGUUGGUGCUGCACAUCAUCAAGACGCGCAAGGAGAGGAGAAAAACUAUAUUGUUCUUAAUCAGAAAUAGCGGAGAUUAUAAGAUCGUUUUCUCUUCUUGGUCGAGUGUGUAUGGAUCAUCUUGCACUUUUAAGUCUGUGCUUGUUACUAUUAUUUGCAUUUCUGGUUUUCAUUUUACUGAGCUGUGUAUUGUUGUCAUUGUUCAUAAUUUUAACUUGGCUUUGGUGCAACAAGAUGAAUUUAUUGAACCAUUUUCAAGCUUA